AUGCAAUUCUUCCAUAAAAACAAAUCGCAGCCGACACUCUUGAAUUCCGUGGAGUCGGCUCCGCACAACCCCAGCGACCACAGCAGCGUCAGCACUCAGAACCACCACCCUCAUCACAACAGAGAAGGCAGCCAGCAGCAUCAGUAUCAGCAACAACAUCAACACCAACAACCGCAGCACCAGCAACAGCCGUAUCAGCAGCACCAGCAACAGCACCCAGCGAAUCCCCACCCGCCGCAUACUUUCCAACCAGCCACCGGUUCCCACGAGCUGCCCAGUGGCACGUAUCAACUUGGCCAGCACAGCAGCGCCGCCAGCUAUACCCAUCCUGCUCAUGCGGGAAGUCGUUCUGAGAACUUCUCUCUCCCGCUCCAGGUUUCAUCCGGCUCUGCAGCGGCGCCCUAUCCUUCUGCAGCGGCAGCAGCAGCAGGUGACAGGCCGACCUUGAACCUCGUCCCCUCAGCGAGCCAUCAGCCUGAUCACAGCAUCGACGCCCUCUCUGCCGCACCAUCGCUGCCUUCCGCUCCUCACAGCACCGAAGCUUCCCCGCUUACAGAAACUCAGCCGCGCAAAUCCCGCCGAAGCUUCUUUAGCCUACACUCAAAGGAUAAGGAUAAGGAUAAGAGCUCCUCCCAGAACCCCGCCAAGCCUGGUCGAAACGUCUCUGUUAGGAAGAAAAUUAGUAACCCAAUCCCUCACCCGAAGCCGUAUCAAGUCGGCCCGCUCCCGCCUUCCGAUCCAGUUCCGGACCCAGAGGAGAUUGAUAUCACGGAGAAGAAGCUCCCACAGCUCCCUAACAACUCGUCUCAGCCCAGCCUGCCACCAUCCAUCUACCCCGCCAGAGGUGCCAGUCGGUCGUCGUCUCACCUCGACAUCCAGCCAUUUGAGCCUCCCCAGAUCCAGCGUGUCAGCACUGAGCCUCUGGGCCAGCACGAGGAAUACUACAAGGGCCGGCCACAGCAAUACAAUCAGUACCAGGUAGUCGGAGCUUCUCCCCACCAACAGCAACAGCUACAGCAGAACCCCCAAUUCCAAAUAGACCAGCCUCAGGCGCAGCCCGCCGUGACAUCAACGGCCACACAUAGACCAAACCAGUCCUCAGACCAGGUAUCAAUCCCCCCAAGAUAUUCGCCAAAACAAGAUCCAUACCACCCCCCAAGGCCACCAUCCCAACAGUCUCUUGGUCCCCCAUCCCCUCUUCACCCGUAUUACCAAUCGCCGGAUUCUAACUAUCAAAAACCUCACUAUCGACAGUCCCUCCAACCUGUUGCUGGCCCCAUACUUUCACAAAGCGUAAUGGCCCUGGAACGACCAACGGGUCUCAGACAGCCCAUUGAUACAUCCCAACAGCAGCAGCAGCAACAACAACAGACUCCGCCACAGCAGCAGCAGCAGGCUUCAGGACAGCAACAACAGUUCCCUCCAAGCAUGCCACAAGGGCAAAGUUUCAAGGGAAAUUCUUCGCAGUCAGCAACUCCCGGCGAUCGUGAACAAGAGACUCCUCCACCCCCUGGAAAGGCAAAGGACGACGCACCUGAGCUUGAUGUAAACGGUUGGAUCCAGAAAUAUGAGGAACUACAGCUUAAAUACAAUCGUGUCAAAAGGUACUACUUCGACAAGGAAGCUCAAGUACAACAACUGCAAAACACUGUUGCCCACCAGCGCAUGUCCGCUUCCAGGACUGUGCUGGAUGAUAAUGAAUACGCUACUCGCCUGGGCCGUCUGGACGGUGCCAUAAACAAUCUCUCCUUCAACAUUCGCAAGGACUGGAAAAAUAUACCUCCCUGGCUUCAGGGAGUUGUUAACGAGGAUGCUCAUACGGUGGGAACAAAGGAGAUGACGGCUGUUGGCCGAGCUUGUCUUACACGCUGGAUCGUAGACGAACUAUUCGACCGUUAUUUCCAUCCAGGACUGGAGCCUAAUCUUAGCCGUCAGCUGAAGCAGAUUGAACGAAACGUUCGGCGAAUGGGAAAGUUUGUUACCGAGGAAGAGCAAGAGAACCAUUUAUCCAAGGUGUCUUCCUGGCGCCGCACCACUCUUGAUGGACUCGGCGAUAUCUUCCAGAGCAAGCUUGCAGACGAGCACCGAACCCUCUUGACUCGAAAUCUUGUUGAGAAGCUCACAGCUAGCUUAGAGAUGAAUUUGAAGACACCUCCCCCGCCUGGGCUAGAAAAUGGCGUGGCGAUGAUUGUUGAGCUUGCUGUUGGAAUCAGCGGAAAUAUACCCCUAGAAUCAAGAGACAUUUCCAUUGAGUACUUCCUCCCUGGUGCUACAAUCACGGACUCUCAUAUGAAAAUCGAGACUACCCUACCACCCCUUUCCAACCCAGGAAUAGAGCCGCGACUGGGUUCAGAACCAUCCUCUGCAGCAACUGAUAGGGUAGACCAGUCAUCUAUCAAGGGCAUCGAGGCGGCCAUCUCCUCUUCCGAGGCGACAGGUGGGGAUGAAAAGGACUCCAACUUCCCGACCCAACCUCAGCCAGCUAGCCAGGGCCGCAAGAAAUCGGUCUUUGGCUCAUUGAUAAGCAAGAAGCCACAUUCUGGACCUGGGAACUCUACAGACUCCAUGCGGCCGCCAUCCGGCCAUUUCCGAGAACGUGAAGAAGCUGCCGAAGCUGCUCGCGAAAAAGAGAAUGAAAACCGUAUUCGCUUUGCUGCCUUUGUCGCUGUAGAAGUUCGAGGCAAGGGGACUGGCAAUGUCAUUGUCAAAGCCCCGGUCUACCCAUUUUCAUGA